GGUUCUCGUGAAGCACCGCGAUUGCGGCAACAAACAAAGCUGCGCAAACUUGUACAUGAGUUUUACGGCUCUGCGCAUAUGACUUACCACGGUUUUUUGUUGCCGCGCGGGACCUUAGCUCGGUGUUUCAGCGUCUCUGUUUUCAAAUUCACUUGUGGCAACUUCUCGAAACCAGCGCGCCAGCACGAGGUAAUGCGCUGUCUUGGCUGUGUUCAACGGCGAACCGGGGUCGCCGGCUCGACGUGAGUCUCUCGCUAGGGUCAUUUUUAUAUCAUUUUGUUCGAUGUUGUUUUCCGUCUAGGAUUUCUCCUGUGUUUCAGUUUGGUGGUACAGUUUCCACGUUGGACAGCGGAAGAAUGGACACCCUCGAGUCGGUUGACUCUCUCGCAGCUCGGAAGCUGCCAGACAGCGUCGAGCCUCAACUCGACGCUUGUCUGAAAAAUCCGGCGAUGACUCUCCCGAGAGAUGUCUUCAAUCCAGAAGAGGACCUUUUACCUGAGGACCGCUCUGGCCAGGCUCACGCGUCGCCUCUAAUCGCGAAGUGCGGUGCCGAAGAUCUGGGUCACUUCGACGCAGAUAUCCGCGCUUCGUCUGUAAGCACAGAAGACCAACCUACGAACACUUUCCCAGCAGACGCCUCUCAUUCGGUACCUGACGUCCCUUCUGAGACCUCCGAUCACUGUCUGUCUGUUUCAGAGACUGCGCGGGUUGCUUCCGAGGACGAAGAUCUGAGUGUCUCGUGCCAUUCGUUUGUGGACUCUCCGGUGGGAGUGAGCAGGAAAAAUGAGGAAGAAGUCGGCGACCACCACAGUCAGUCCACCGUAUGCGGUGCCCAAGAAAAUAGAACUGACCAAGAAGUGGUUGUCGGAUUGACUCCGAUGCAACAAAUGGAAUCCCCUGGUACAGUCCCAGUCACAGACUGUGCUUCUGUGCCCCCCGUCGCACCACUAAACCACGAUCCCCUGUUAGAACCGUCGUCGCACCUUGGGUUCGGACAAGAGGUACGCUUUGCAGAAGACGACGAAUGCACUUUCGAGGAGAAGCCUUACCCUGCUGGGAAACAACAGGAUAGAGAAUCGAACCACCUGCAGGGUAGGGAGGUGUUGCCGACUCAACCAUUGCCAUUUCCUACGAGCUACGACUGUGUGUCUUCACUCCAGGAGCCUUGUCGAGACAGUAGCUCGUGGCACAGCUCUGAUCCAGCGGCAGUGUCUCAGUCGUUCAACCGCCUUCGUGGGUUCGAACCGUGUGUUGUUUUUCCGAAACAGACGACGAGAAAUUCCUUUCCUCAGGCCGCUCCGGCACUUCCCAGUGAAGCCGCGAAGGGAAUCCUGAGGUUCCAGUGCCCAUCUUUAGAAGAAUCUCCGGAGUCUUUCACCGCCGAGAAGCGCGAAGAAGUCAGUGUCCUACCCCCGACCUUUCACUGCGACUCUUCCUCAGACUCGCCCUUCGCUUCCACCAUCGCCGAUGACUCUGCUCAAAUUCGACGAAGCGCACCUCAGGCGAUGCCUUCUUCAAGUUCCCCUUCCUGUGGGUCUCCCGUGCACGCCUCGUUGCGUGAACGUCUGCCGAUCCACGCGUCCGUCGUCUCUCCACUUUCCUCUGCUCCCGCACCUCUUCCAGUGUUGUCGCGGCCUCCAGAACUGAGUAGCCUCUUCAUCACUGCUUCUGCUGUCGCGUCUCCCUCGCGCGUACCACUUGGGCCAGACACGAAGGAUCCCGCUGGCGACUCUGUGUCGCGACGAUCCAUCGCUGCAGAGGUGCAUGCUCCAGGCGAUCUACCCAACACACCGCCUUCCACGCCGCAAGGAGCGAAUGGAGCCAUGCUUGGCCAUCGCGUCCCUCCUCCCCAGGACAGGCCUCGCCGACCCAUGUGCUCUGGCGCGCCUCUGACAUAUUGCCAGCCUCUUCAGUCUCUCUCCAGUCGUCCGGGCGCGCUGACCGGCACAAAGAAAUCUGAAGCGGAGAGACUUCUAGAUGCGCGAGACGACGAGGAAACAGAGUGGAAGCGGCUCCGCGCGAAGUUCGAGACUCUGCGCCAACAAAGGCGGGAGGAAAUGGAGAGGCAGUUGCGUCUCGACGAGGAACGGGACGAGCGGGAGCUACAGCAGCUGCAGCUGAGGAAAAAACGUGUGGAAAAAGGGUUUGGACAGCCCUUAGCGGAAGGUCGCUCCGCGCUGGGUUUCCCCGUCGAACAGGAGAAAGUGCGCGAAUCUCAAGGGAUUGACGACCCCGAGUGCAUGCUUCCCGAGGAACGAGAAAGUCACCUCUUGCAGGUCGUAGCCGAACAGACUGACUCGUCGUCCUAUAUUCCGAAUCGGAAUCAGACGGCGGUUUUUGGAUCCGGAACGCACCGCAUCACAGAGACUGACCUAGAACCUUCCCUGCCCCUUCCCCAGUCUCCCGUACACACAGCCGGGGAGGCGAAGCUGGGCGACGAUGCCAACUCUUCAGAGACCAUUUCUGAAGGUUCUCACGAUGCCUCCAAGGCAGUACCAUUCGGGCCCGUGCCUGAGACAAAAGCAGACGAAUGUGAGUCUGAAACUCAAGGACAAACAUCGCUCCUUCCUCCCUCAAUCGGGAGCAUGACUGCGUGCGUGGGUUGCAGAGCAGAAGACCGGCUGCCCUCGUUCGGAGGGCACCGAGAGCAGAAUGACCAUUUCGAACAGGAUCCUGAAGAAGAUGGUCCGGCACCGCCGGCGCAGCAGAGUUGCAGGAGCGCUGGCAUCCUUGUGCCAGAGAUUUCUUCUCCCAACACGGCACGAUAUCCCGAGCAUGGCCAGCAAGCAGUCAUUUAUUCACCCACAAGCUUCCAGGCCUCCAGUAUUUCUGAAACUAAUGGAGGUAUCCGAUACAAAAAGACUAUUUCUCUUUCCCCCUCCGACGUCGUUCCCUGCGCAGAGACAGUCACAUCCCCGCUUCCUCCCCGUCUUCCAGUUGCCCUACUUUCAGGCACUGCGGACGGCCGAACUGUCUCUCCCACUUCCACCUCCGGUUCACCUCUCUCGAGUCCUCUGCAGGCCGAGUCACCUCUCUCGUUUCCAGAGAGUUCCCACGCCGGCGUUCAGUCGCCUCUUUCGGCAGCGGAAGAGCAGCUUCACUACCACAAUCUGCCCACAUAUUCCCGAAAUGAUUCUUAUCUGGCGGCAAUCUUGAACCAGGGAAACGAAGGAGCCUACAACAAUCCAGGCUCCGGGUCUCUGCCAGUCGGCAACAGUGCGUUGGUUUCCUCCAUGCACCACCCUGUGACGCAUGCGGGGAUUGUAAACGAGUUUCCAGGCGUAGAUUCAGCUGCCCAUGCGUCGUGUGGUUCUCGUUCCGCCUUUGUCUGGGGUUCUGAGGGCUUCUGCGAAUCGAGUCCUAGCCUUCAGCUAGGUGCAAGCUCGCUGACCUGGGCCCCGCUCUGCUCGCCAUCCCAAGCUCUUUCGAGCCUGCGUUCGCCAACUGUUUUAAAGGACCUCGAUGCCAGCGCGUCGUCUGCCAAGCCUCCGUCCGGGAGCACAACUCCUCGGGUUAUCAGCAUCCAUCCCCAUAGUCUGUCACCCCAUCCAGCGUCUUCUAGUCGAACAGGAGACUCCCCUUCUAGUUACUCGAAGACCGCGGGGAACUAUUGCUCGCAUGAAAUGGCGACUGUAUCGCCAGUUGCCGCGUACGAUCAGGCUUGCCAAGUCCAGGUUGCUGGUGUCCCCGGACAGUAUCAGUCCAUGCAAAUGCCUGACUCGUUUCUUUCUAAAACCACGGCAGGGCCAGGGACUACAGAGGCGGACCAAAGGGUCGCUGCCACCCUUUCGAAUGGGUUUGACCUAAAUUCUGCUCGCGGUACCGCCUCCGAAAGAACCAAAGAGUGGAGUGAGCAGGAGAGCGCAAGGCAUGUUUCCUACAAGGUACCACAUGAAAUGAGACAGGACAUUCUCCAUCAAAGAGGCGCUCCACAAAAUCAGAUCUGCCGUGGGGGUUUGCCUGCAUGUGCCGCGACCUUGCCCCUUCAAACCAGUCCUGUGCCGAUGCGCGUCCCGUCCUCGAUGGCGGGCUCUCAAAUGUCUGCGCAGUACCGAAUGCCAAGCCAGACAGUUGCGAGGAACUGUCACAGUUUCCACGAUUUGCAGCCUUCCCGGGGUUACUAUACUGCGUCGGUUAGCUCGGUUUGUGGAAGAUACGCUAACGGCGACGAUGCGGUGUCUAGAGGCGCUGGCAAGCCUUUCCAGGCAGGCGAAGAAAGACCUGGUGCUGUCGAGUCUUGCGUAUUACACGCAUAUGCUCAGACAGUCACCGACUCCGGUCAGUCGGUGUCGGGGUUUCCUCACAUGCCUCAGCACCUGGGCCCGUUUGUUGCCGUCACAUGCUCACAAGGGACGAUUCGGCCUUUCAAACGCACCACGAGGUGCCGGGGGCGCAAGGGGAGUCGGCCGUUGUCCCCGCAGUGUGGCAGCGGCACGAGCCCCGACGCGGCUUUUGGAUGCGGGACCAUGACAAGCCAAGCAGAAAUGUGUCUACAGGACGACUUUUUUCCAGACGAGCAGGCAGUGCCUCCCUACGCGCCAUACCCCGAUCGUUAUGAAGCAGGUUUCGCUGACCAGCCGUUUGCCUAUCGUGAGGCGAUGCAGCACGACAGAGUCCAGCCUCCGACUCCUCGGAAACGGUUUUUGGGCGGCACGACGCGGCUCUUUGGAGGCCUGAAGACUCAUAGGCCCUUCCGACCACGCGCCGCGUCCGCAGCGGACAAUUACGUGGGCCUAACAUGCUCGCAACUGCCUCUGCCACCUCUUUCCUCCCACCAAGUAGGCAGCGCGAGCCGGUGGGCAAGCCUUGCACGGUUCGGCGAAGAUCUCGUGGGGACCCGCCUCGUUUCGAAUUCGGGAGCAACCUACCAUGCCAACUCUCAGCCUUUGAAAGGCGCCUUACCCCAACCACGCGUGGAGGCGAUUUUCAUCCCGCAUCCGCCUCAGAGGAAGGACUUCCCGCCAUUCGCGGUCCCCUCUCCGAUUAUGCUCCCUGCUGAGCCUAGCAACGAGCAGAACGUUUCUCCGGACUCCGGCUUCGAGUCGCCACGCCGCAAGAGCUCUCGAGUUUCUUGUCUGGCGGGGACAGUGGCGGCAGCUGCGCGCGAGACGCUUUCCGAUGUCGGAGAGAAGCUCAUUGGCGAGGUAGGAAGCGCCGCAGCGAGGGGCGGCACGAUGGUUAGGCAGAUUGCUUCCAUGCUUCAGAGGGGCUUCGACACCCUCGUAGAAGGCGAGUCUUAUGAUGCUCGGCCUCGACUUCCCAGAGACGACAAACAGGCCUUGGAGCAUGAUGGGAGCGCAGCUCGCUUCGAUGGAGACACCACUUACCUCAGUGCUCUACAUGCAGCAAGAAGGCACGAAGCCGGGUGCCUACAACCACACGAAAGGCAACCGGGAGAAGUCGGAGACGAAAGGUUUGGUCUUCUUCGAAGUGCUUGGUUUACCGCGUCCUCGGCCGAGGGUGCAGAAGAACAGAUUGCGUAUCGUGAAGGGAGUCUCACCCAAGACGGAUUUGAAGAGGCACUGCCGAAACCGUCAAAAAUGCAGCGCGGAGAAUGUCAUCGGGACCGAUCCGCGUGUGGGGCUGCCUCUGGAGGCACUGAGGUGGUCUUACCUACGACGACGACGGUACGCCGACCUCUGCCGUCCAUCUCAUUUUCGGGAACGAAAAACAACCUUUCCGGCUCUCCAGAUUUCAGCUGGCACCCCGCGGAAAGCCCGGAGCCGUCACGAGAAGAAACACGUUUUACGCGACCUUUUCCACCAGACAAGAAUAUGGACAGGCAGCCCUGGGUUCCGCCUGCCUCCCUUGAUCAACCGUUAACACAGAAUUUGGGGACCGAUUUUGCGGGCAAUAUCCCUGAGUCACGAGGAAGCACCUGUCUCGUUGACUGCCUGGCGUAUGGUUUCGACUGCGCAUCGGGAGAUGUGGCCGCACAAGGACUGAAGAGCGUGCACGCUGCGUCAGGCUUCCAGAAUUCAGAAGUGCCUCCGAAGAUAUCUCAGACUUUUUCAGCUACACCCUCUGCUUCCUAUGUGAAAGUAGUCUCGGGUGGUGACUCUUUUUCCGAGACAGGCUCGAAUCUUGUGGGGAAAACCCAGUCGUUCUACCUCUCCCCUUCCGCCAGCGUCACCGCCACCGACCAUGCCCGGCUACCAGUACAAAACGCCGAUUUCUGUUCUCCACAGAGACAAGCUAUCCUCACUCACGACACGUGUAAUAAUGCCCAGUCUCCACAGAAGGCGCUUUCGCCACACUCGUCUUUCUACCUUCCAGAAAGGAGCAUCGUCCGCCCUGCCUCUACCUCUCAAGUUUCCAACGGACAAACCUCAGUGAUAAACUCGGAGGCAGUGACCAGCCCGCGCCAGCCACAACACGAACAACUCGGAAGUGAAAUGCUUCAGUCGAAUCAGCGGCGCCUGGGCAAUUGCCCCCCUUCGUUCCACUGCUACGAAUUGGUGCGGGGUCGUAGCUUGCCCGCUGUGGAGGGAGUUGAACAGACAGAAGCUUUGAGGCAGAAGUACGAAGCUUGCGACAGCAUCGUGGGCAGAUGGAAAGACAGGUAUAAAUCCGCAAGAGGCCUCUGAAAAGAGGUGGGAGAGUCGGGGAGGGAGGGUACGGAAGGCCGAGGAAUACCUGGGUGCGAGCAGGGUGUUUUGUAAGUGUGUGGAAUGUUAAGAGCGAUGGAUGUCUCGCUUGGAGAACCCAAGCAGAAGCGGUUUCUCUGUUCAUUGCUAGUGACUGGUUGCGCGAAACGGACACUCGAGUAGGCACGAGAUCUGGAAGCAUGACACGCUCUGCGGAAAGUUGUCUCAGUCCACUCUUGUGGUCGGUCUGUACAGGAGUAUGUAGAAAAUUUCUCUGGGAGUUCGAGUUGCACUACUGGUUUAGAUCUUCUCCACUUUGAAUACUUCAGAUACCUUUUCUUCGGCCAGGCGAGCGAGAAAUGGCUUCGAUUUUGAUGAUUGCUCCAAAGUUUCAUUUUUCCUGUGACACCGGAUGCGGGAAAGCUGUUGAGCUGAGCUCUGUGUUCGAGUCUUUCGUGUUGACCCUCGUGCCGGUCGUGUGCCGCAGAAUUUAGACAGCAGAACGGUUUUGUUGAAGCUGUGGAAUCAGACUUCGUGUUAAAACUUGUAGUUUUUCCCCUUCGACGUGACGUCUGCUUUCGCUCCGUUUCUACUAUGCACUGGACCUUUCUGUCAGAGGUUGAACUUUUCGCUCCGAAAAAAUGGCAGACUCCGCGAAUGACAAGCUUUUUCGAGAACACGCGGGUAGGCCUGAGAGUGCCACGCGAGCGGAAAGCCUCGACCUGACCUUUUGCCACACUUUGUGUCUCUUGGCAUUCCGAGCACCUCUACAUGCAACCCUUGACGAAAUACAACGCUUUAGAUACCCUUCGCUCUUCAGUAAAGACAGCAGCGCCUUCGCGAGCUGCAGCGUAUACCAGCGAGGACUCGGGAAAGCAACACUUCUAAAAAACAGACUCUCGUCCUCAAAAAUACUCCGUCUCUUUUCACCACGGGACCGAUGCCAAAGAAACGUCUCCUCUUUAUUCAGGCCGAAAGGAUUCCCGGGGCGUUUCGCCUACCGGAGCUUGACACCUCGCGCCAGUACUCUACUUUGACCAGUUCACAAGCAGCCAUACAUCGACGCUUUUGCCCAUUUGAAUACCUCUUUUCUAGCCUUAAAAUAGUUGGUUUUCACAAGUCGACGCAGUGCGGAAGCAAAAAGCCUCCUCU